AUGGCGCGUGAUGACGUGAACAAACGUGUUAACAAGCGAAAUGAAAACAAGCAGCAUGAGAACAAGGUGGAUGAGUCGGGUAAAGUAGAGAAGAAGUCAUUCAAACACAGUAAGAUGGAUAACUAUAAGAAAGCCAAAAUGGUUUACGAUCAAAUACAAGAAGACAGGAGGGUACAGAGAGAAGAGAAAAUGAAAGCUCGCGAACUCAAACAGGCUGCUAGAGAGAAGACUCAAACACAGAAGAAGAAGAUGAACAGAGCAAUCAAGAAACACAAUAAGAAAGGCCAACCUAACUUAGGAUCACAAAUGGAAGCCAUAUUAAGUAAAAUAGAAAGAAAUAUGAAUGAUUAG